ACGACAGGAAAUGUCAUUAUUGUGUCAUUUCGCCAUUUUGAUUUGACCGAAGAAAUUUCGAAUUUUCAUGUUGUAUUAUCCGUUUACUGAUAUUAAUUAUUGUUUUUAGUACAAAUACUAAAGUAACGAUGAGUAAUAACAAGAGUGACAUGUUCAAUGAUGAACUUUUUGAUUAUAUCCGUGUAAGUGAAGAUGAAGAUGACAACAACGCUGUGGAAAUUCCCUGCGAGUUAGACGGCACUCUGUUGCUCUCAACUCUAGUGGCCCAGUUUCCUGGGGCGUGCGGGCUCAAAUAUCGACACCCUGAAAGUAAAUCUGUGCGAGGGAUUCGACUCAGUGAUGGAAAGUUACAUCCGCCAUCCGAAGCCGGCUGGGGUAAGCUGCUCUAUAUUUGUGUUUUCCCCAAAGAAAAUAAACGUAAAAUGGAAGACGUUUCACCUGAAAACUCUGCUGCCAAAACAAAGCGGCUCGAGAAGAAACUAAUUUGCUCAGACCUGAUAUGCCUCGGACUACCGUGGAAGGCAACUGAAGAAACAAUCAAACAGUACUUUGAACAGUUUGGAGAGGUGGUUAUGGUUCAACUGAAAAGAGAUAAAAAUGGAACCUUCAAAGGAUUUGGCUUCAUCCGUUUUGCUACAUAUGCUUCUCAGAUGAGAGCACUUGCACAGAGACACAACAUUGACGGCCGCUGGGUGGAUGUGAGGAUCCCUAAUUCAAAGGAAGGUGUUGUUCCGCAAAUGCCUUGUAAAGUAUUUGUUGGCAGAUGUACUGAAGAUAUGACUGCAGAUGACCUUCGAGAAUAUUUUUCAAAGUUUGGUGAAGUAACUGAUGUGUUUGUACCACGUCCAUUCAGAGCUUUUGGAUUUGUAACAUUUCUGGAUCCAGAAGUAGCUCAGAGCUUGUGUGGUGAAGACCAUGUGAUCAAGGGAGCAUCAGUAUCAGUGUCCAGUGCUGCACCUAAAAUUAAACCCAAGGGCAAUCAGAAUUGGAAGAGUGACUCUUAUGGACCACCAACCAACUGGGACAGCAGUCGAAGUGGACCGUCGGGGGCCUCCAACAGCAAUGGAGGUGCCAGCAGCGGAAACAUUGACACAUUAAAUAUGCAGAACUUAGGGAUUAACCCUAAUGGUGGACCACCAAGUAAUUUCAAUUUGCCAAUAAGUCUAGUUGCUGCUGCCCUCAAUCAAGCUGGCUGGGGAGGAUUCCUCGGUGGCCCCAACAACAGUGGCCCUAGCAAUUGGCAAGGGGGACCUCAGGGAAACAGUGGAAAAAACUGGAAUGGAAAUCCAAACUGGAACCAGAAUGGACCCCCACAGUCAUGGAACCAGGGAGGCAGCAACCCUAACUGGGGAGGUGGAAAGGGCAACUGGAACAACCAAGGAAGUUGGUCCAAUGGGCAGAACUGGGGAAGUAAUGGAGGUGGUGGAGGGUCCAGUGGGCCCAGCAGCAGCUGGAACAGCAAGCCGCAGACAUGAGUCGCAGAUUCAUAGACCGGAGUUUAUGCAUCAGAAAUUUAUUGUCGACUGAAAACCGACAAGAAGCAAAAAGCAGUGCAGCAAUGAUGUGGGAUACUGAGAUGGCGAGUAGCCGAGUUGCUGGACUUUGUGGCAUGACCGUCUUCGUACCUAUUCAAUUUUCAUGAUGGUGGUAUGAUUAAUGAUUCUACAAAUAAAUAAAUAACUAUGUAUUAA